AUGGCGAUGGCCAUGUGCCUGCUGUGUCCGCAGGGAGCAGGAGGAGCGACGACUCUCCUGCCCUCCACCGCUCGAGCCCUCGCUCGAGGAGCCGUGCUCCGCAUCACAGCCGAUCUGACAGGCGGGCUUCCUCUCGACCACUGGAAGACGAGGAGCAUCCGGCACCCCGAGGAGUCUGCGCUACAGGCUCUCAAGGCUGUCUACCAGCAGCAGGGGGGGCUCGGAGCUUACUGGGCGGGUCUGCCCGCGAAGCUUAUCGAGGGAUCGCUGUGUGGGGCCGCGCUCAUGGCGACUAAGGAGGGGAUGAGGGCAGCGCUGGUGCAAGCUCGAGUGCCGCUAGCCGAGUCGGCUAUAGGAGGGAUCGCAGGGAUAGCAGGAGGAAUCGGAUCAUGUCUCGUCCUCGCUCCCACCACCAUGCUCGUCCUCACGACUGCCACGACUGGGAAGCCGGCGCUGACGACUCUGAGGGACGUUGCGGAGGGGAAGCGAAACUUCCUUGAGCUGUACACGGGAGGAGGAUCUCUUGCUCUACGAGAAGCAACGAACUGGUUCGAGAGGGGAGGGGAGGAGGAAGAGGAAGAUGAGAGACUGUCACAGGGCAUCGCACAAGGUGUAGGCAAAGGAGCAGCGCUGGAGAUAGGAAGCGGGGUGAUUGGAGGUGUACUAGCAUGCUGGAAUCAUCCGUUUGAGAUCGCGAGGAUCCGGCAGCAGAGAGAUCAGGUGCUGCUAGGAGGGAGCAAGGAGAGCACGCUGGAUACGAUGAGGAAGGUGGUGGAGAAGGAGGGGCCGCACGGCCUCUACGUCGGUCUCGUCCCUCGCUGCGCCCUGUCGGCAUGGCUGACAAGCUUCAUGGUUGUCGCUCCCCGGCUCUUGUUCAAGUGA